AUGGCUACCCGUCGCUGUAAAAUUCAACUCCAAGACGGUGAGUCACAAGAAGUCAGUUUCCCAGGGAGCGUUGAAUCCGUGAUCGGCAUCCUUGAUGAGGUACGAUGGACGAUCACGGCAUCAAACCAACAAACGCGAAUUGUCUUCGUCAUCGAGGAAAUCAACUGGCCGAAGACCGACCUCAAAUUCGAAGAUCAGAAUCCGAACCAGGUUGCGAUCCGGCACGAAGGAAAUGUUUUUCCGAUCUUUCCCGAAUACAACUCGCAUGUGAUCAAAUCGGGGAUCUUUCUCUCCGGAACGCACUCGAUUAGGAUGGAAAUGGAUAUGCCGAUUAUUGCCGAGCUCCCGAGUAUACCCUCGUUCAGAAUGAAGUUUACAGCAUACACAGUCCAAGAGAUAUUCCGUUGCAAGCUAAGUACUACAUCAUGUGACAUGGAAUCUACUUUACACUGGAAGCGAAAAUCAGAUGGUUACGUUUACAAGGGCAGCACGACCACCGAUGAGGGCGCGCUCACAGUUCACUUACCCAAAGGAACCCAGCUUGCGGGGAAAGGAUACGCUUCCUUCGGUUACGUGUUCGACUACCAGGGUAUCAUGGGGACCAGCGGGGGCCAGUCCAAGGAUGAGGAGGGGAGGGUCACCGUGGAAUGCCCAGGAAGAAGGAAUUUCGGGAUUUCGGAAGAUGGGGUGACCCAGUUGGUCGUUGACUGCGACGUCGAUGAUUUGUCGAUAACAUUCACAGCCCACGGGAGUUUACGACUCGUCAUCGCUGACGUCGACUUACACGAUGCCAAGAUCUCUAUGAACGCCGGCGAUCCAGAGCCCUCUUCAGAUUCAUCAGCGCUUCCUGUCAUUGCUGGCAUCUCGGUCUUCAUUGGUCUGGUGGUGGUCUCCGUUCUUCUGAUUGCUAUCUUCCGCCGAAAGAGGUCACAAGUCGCAGAAAAGUCACAGGAAAGAAAUUCUAAGCCAACGCUCGACAAAGGCCAUGAUAACACCGGAUUUCAACUCGGGAACAUCAGGACCAUUGAAGAUCCCGAUGAAGGUACUUAUCACUACCCGAGCUUUCCUCUAAGUCCUCCCCCAAAGGAUGGAGACACCAUCUAUCAAGAGAUCGAGAAGAAAGACAAGAAAGGUCAUUCGCCAUCUCCAAACGCCAAAGACAAUCGCGAAGUCGGAAAGAAUGCCUAUGACCUUCUGGAACUACCUAAGGAAGGAAGUCUGGAUUCCAACAAGAAGGUGUCCCGAUCUACGGAGAAGUUGCCAGUGUCAGGUUCCCCAAUGUUGUCCAGGUGUAUGAGCCGAGGCAUGGGAUACGAGACCUUAGAUGGCACCAGCGAGCCAACAUCCAGCAAAGACACGGUGCCACCUUUCACGAAGGACAAGGGUGUCUCUGAAAAGGAGACCCAGCGUCCGAAACCGUCUCCAGGCGAGUGUGACUAUCUGGAGAUCCUAUCAUCAGAAGAAAUCGAGUCCUUAAAACUGCAGGACAAGAAUGGACAACCUGUCCUGGCUCACCAGGAUCUCUAUCAGCAUCUCAAGCGUCAUGAUAUUCCAUUCCACGCAUCGGGACAGGGUCAGGCAGCAAAAGACGUGUCCUCUGAAGAUCCGGGUGUCAGCGAGGAGAACUACGGAAAGCUUGACAUUGCCAUAGACAACCAUCCUCCACCUCCUGACUACUUUGUCAUCGAGGCAAAUACUGAUUGUUAACAGUGUUAAGGGGCAAACCUGUGGUAUAACGAUGAUCAGAGGCUGAUUUACGGCUAGGUUUUCUAAAAGACAUUUUAGCGUCAUUUUCCCCCCUUUUUUAGAAUUUAAUAAGUAUCGAAUGUUUAACAAACUGUAAACUUUAAUGUUCAUGAAAUAUAUUGGAAUCCGGUUGGACGACCAAUAAAAGUCAUAAAAUUGCUAUUUUUAAUGCUUUACCUCAUCUGUGGCUCAAGGAAAGAAAUUAUAAUUAGGUUAGCUCCGAAUGUGUCAUAAAGACCUAUAUGGGUAUUUAAUUUGGAGGGAUUUCAAAUACUUUUCACAAAAUCUGGUGCCCUUAAAUUUAAAUUUAUUUUGUAAGGAAAUUUUAUGUAAAUGAAGUCUGACACAUUGUAGUAAAAGUGAAUACUAAUAAUACAGCAUUUGAGAAGCACCGAUUACAGACACCUAAUGACAAUACGGGUAUUUCGCUCAGCGAAAUGAAUCCCACAAUGCAACAAGUCAAAUCAAAAGGAAGUCUUUGUCGAGGGUCGGCGAAUAGGAACAGCAGUUUCGUCCGACGUUUCACAGCUGACGAAAAUAAAUCGCAAAUAUGUCGUGUGUCCAGGGUCACAGACGAAACUCCUGUUACGACUCACAGACUUUCGACAAAGGUUUAACUGUCAUGACGGGCAUUUGAAGAUGGGUUCUCUACGUUACAAAAAGCGUCUGCAUAGCUGUUGCGAAAACACCGUAAAGGGUGUUGCAAGAAAGUAUUUGCAAUCAAUUGCAAAUGUUUUGUUGCAAUAUUACAACUGAUAGAUCAACGUUAGUUGUAGCAAAUCAGAUUACACCCCUUCUUUCCGGGAGUAGAUUAGCAAUUAAUCAUAAAUUUGCAAUUGAGUGCAAGACAUUUGAGGGAUUUAGGGACCAAAAAUUGACUUGCAAUUGAUCGUAAGUUUCUUGUAACGCCCUAUUAGAGUCCUGUUAGUGUUUCUCGUUCUGCUCAUAUUUAUGACGAUAAUGCCUAGGCUACUUAACUAGGUUCGAACGCUGAACUUUGAUGUUCGAAAUUAUUUUAAAAGUAGUUAUUGCAAUUAUCAGGUAAAACAUAUUCAUUGCGCUCAGAGAAUAUUCCAGAACCCUGGAGUAUGGGGAAAAUAUUAUAAAUUAUUUUCCUUUCAUUCAUGAUUAUUGGUGAUGCAGAUAAUUAGGUAUUUUUCCAAAUUAUUUCUUUUGUAUUGUUAUGUUUAAUGUUUUGUCGGAUAAUUAUGUUUGAAAGCUGAAUAAAUGAUUGUAAAUGCAUUUGGAAGGAGGCGAAAGGUAUAUUGUUUUUUUUUUUAUGGAGUGAGUCUUUUGUGUAAAGAAGCCAAUAUAUUCUUGUUAUUUUCUGAAACCUAAUAUCAUUUUUCGAGAUUUUACACGGAUAAUUAGAGUCUUGGGGCUUAGAAUACGAAAUGUAAUAAAAUGAUAUUUAAGUUUAUCAGUAUUUUUACAAGCU